AUGGAAUUCUUGAUAGAUAUCGAUACGAUUACAUUGCAAUUUCCGUAUCAUAUCAAUUUGAUGAUGCACUUCCUUCUUUGGCUUGGUACUUCCGUAUCAGGAUUAAAUUUGGUGCUUUUAAAUGUAGAAAAGCUCAUUUUUUUCAAAUUUCCUCUAAGGUACUCAGAAUUGGUGACACGAAAUCGAGCAUAUUUGAUGGCAUUUGCUACCUGGUUUCUUAGUGUCAUCUUCAUCUAUUUAGCAUUUUAUACUCGAGCAUUAAUUUGUCGUUAUAAUUGCGAACGGCUUACCACAGAUAAUAGUCGUUAUGGUCCACUGAUGUAUCUAUUCUUUACAUUUUUCGUUUCCGCUUUUCCGGCUCUCUCAUCCUUUAUGGUUGCGCUUUAUUUAUUACGGAUUGUCAGCAUUCAUAGGAAACAAAUUGCUGAAGAACAAAAAUUGUACACUGCAAAUGGUAUAUGUGGGAAAAAUAAUGCUUUGAAAUCUGGAAUGCGGACGUUUUAUUUUAUCUUCAUUUCAACCUUUUUCACUAUUUUAACGCUAACACCGUAUCGUUUGGUGACACUUUACAGGACUAUCAUUGAUAAGGACACCGUAAUUCGGGCAUGUAGUAGUGUCUUUAUCAGUGUGCUUACCUAUUAUGCGAUGGAUCUAAAUCCGAUUCUGAAUCCGCUGCUAACGGUCACCAUACUACCGCAAUACCGUUUACAUUGCUUGAAUUUCCUUAUACCACUCCGCUUUAAAAAUAGUCAUGAUGAAAUGUGCGACAAAUAA